AUGCCAGGUUUGAUCGACGGCGACAACUCUAAUGAACUUGUUCCCGUCCCUCCUGCUUCUCAUCUGCCCUGGCCUCCCGCUGUAGACGAGCUUUCCGGGUUGGUCAUGAAUAUCGUUAUCCCGCGAGCCUUCGACACAACUAGCAAGCUUCUCCCUGUCUUCGUCUAUGUACAUGGUGGCUCUCUGCUGUACGGCGGUGCAAAUCUUCCAAUAUUCGAUGCCGUCAACCUAGUGUCACGAAGUAUCGAGAUCGGGCUUCCCAUUAUAUGCGUCAACUUCAACUAUCGAAUCGGUAUCGGCGGAUUCCUAGCCGGCGAAGCUGUUGCGCGUGAACUGAAACAGGAUGGCUAUGCAGGUAGUGGCAACUUUGGCUUCACAGAUCAAAAGGUCGCUUUUGACUGGGUCCAAAAGUAUAUUGGGUAUCUUGGCGGUGAUGCUGAAAAGGUGACUGCAGUGGGCGAGUCCGCUGGAGGCAUUUCUAUCAGUAAUCAUCUCCAAGCAGCGGACCCUGCCGUCUUUCACCGCGCUGUGUGCAUGUCUGGAUUAUCUGCUGCUAUACCACCAUGGACCAUGCAGCAGCAUAAUAUCUUCUUUGCCGCUGUAUGUCGUCAUUUCAAGAUCGACCCAGAAACUUCCGAUGUACUGGAUCAAUUACGUACUAUACCUCAGCAGGAUCUUGCGGACGCAACUCCCGAGAUUCAGGGUGUCCCCGCGGGAACUGGAAAUCCGUGUCUUGAUGGCUGGUUUUAUCUUCCUGGUGCGGGACCCCGGGGUAUCACUGCGCCUCCCUCGUGGCUGAAAGAAUAUAUGUUUGGUGAUGUCUACCACGAGGGCAUCAUUUUCCAUGUGAACCUGCUAGAGGAUGAUUAUCACUCAAUUCGGCGUGUCCUCAAUGCUCAUAUCGAGGAUGGGUCCUGGACUGAUCAGAUCCUGGACGCCUAUGAAAUCACUGCCGACCUUCCACACCCAGAACUUCUCGACAGAGUCGAACACAUGUGUGGUGACUUCAUCUUCAAGAUUCCCAAUUAUGUCUUGGCAAAGGAGUGCGCCAAACAGGCAGCGCCAGCUGGAAGUGCCCCUUUCUUGUAUCAUUUCGACCAACGGUCUCGCCUUCCCAACACUCUGGAGGGGACAGCAUAUCAUGCAUAUGAGUUGUUGUACCUGUUUGGGAACCUGGAAAGAGAGAUGAAUGACGAUGAAAAGCAGAUGGCACGGGAAUUUUCCACGGCUUGGAUUAAGUUUGCGAACGGAUUCGAGCCUUGGAGGGCAGACGAUUCAUCAUCUUGGAUGGUCUGGGGACAGAAUAGCAAGGCCGAGUUGAAGACUGAGAGCGAAGAUCAAGACGUUCGGAACUAUACUCGGAUGAACAUGAUACUUCAACUGGAUGAUGGCAAGGCUUGGCGAAGGGGACUGGCUGGGAUCGACUCGCUAGUCAAUAGACGGUGGAAGUUGUGGUAG